AUGGCCGGCAAGCUUUCGCGCGGCGAGAGCCUCGCCCUGCUCUCGCUGCUCGCCGCCUGCAUUGCCAUCCUGGCAAACACGUUCCACGGCGACGGCGAGCCGCUCAUUGCCUCGCUGGCCUUCAGCGGCAUUGCCUUUGCCAGCUGCUACGCCCUCAUCCGCUGGCUGGGCGAUGCCUUCAUGCGCGCUGGUUUCAAGGGACGCGACCUGUCGAAACUCAAGAAUGUCGAGAUUCCCGAAACCAUGGGCGCUGUGUGCGCCGUCGUCUAUCUUUUUGCUCUGCUCGUCUUCAUUCCUUUUCCUUUCUACAAGGACAUCGUCGCCGCCACGUCGGGCGGCGGCAACAGGGACAUCAUAGUCCAGGUCCAGGAGGUUGAGACGGGCCGCUUCCUCCACCGAUUUCCCCACAACAAGCUUGCGUCGUACCUCUCCGCGAUCCUCUCCCUUCAAACUGUGGUUCUCCUUGGCAUCGGCGAUGAUCUAUUCGACAUCCGCUGGCGGCACAAAAUCCUUAUUCCCGCCUUUGCUUCCAUCCCUAUGCUCACCGUUUAUUUCGUCGACUUUGGCGUCACCAAGAUUGUCGUACCGACCCCGCUGCGACCCUACCUCGGGGUCCUCCUUGACAUAGGAUGGCUGUACUACGCCUACAUGGCUGCCAUCUCCAUCUUCUGUCCCAACAGUAUCAACAUCCUCGCAGGCAUCAACGGGAUCGAAGUCUCCCAAUCCAUCAUCAUCGCCCUCCUUCUAGCCUUCAAUGACCUGCUCUACCUCAUUCCCUCUCCUCCCCCGGGCUAUCCUGUUCCGCACCCAGCAACAGACUCCCACCUCUUCUCCCUCUACCUCCUCUUGCCCUUCCUGGGCGUCUCUUUCGCGCUCCUCGCGCACAACUGGUACCCGGCCCGCGUCUUCGUCGGCGACACGUACUGCUACUUCGCCGGCAUGGUCUUCGCCGUCGUCGGCAUCCUCGGCCACUUCUCCAAGACGCUGCUGCUGCUGCUCGUCCCGCAGAUUGCCAACUUCCUCUACUCGGCCCCGCAGCUCUUCCACAUCGUGCCCUGCCCGCGCCACCGCCUGCCGCGCUUCAACCGCCAGACCGGCCUGCUCGAGCCCAGCGUCGUCGUCUUCGCCGAGCAGAAGAAGCCCCUGCGCCCCGUCGUCGCCGAGGCCCUCAAGGCCCUGCAUAAGCUGCGCCUUGUGCGCGUCAGGACCGACGACCAGGGAAACGUGCUUGAAAGCACCAAUCUGACCAUCCUCAACCUCUGGCUUGUUUGGUUCGGCCCCAUGCGCGAGGACAAGUUGGCACUGGGUCUGUGUGCUUUGCAGAUUGCGUGUGGAGCGCUAGGCUUGUUCAUCAGGCAUCGGCUUGCACUGUUGAUCUUCACGCAGGACAAUUGGUUUGUGUAA